UUUAUUUGUGUUUUCUUUUAUUUAAUUAUUUUACCAAUAAAACAUUUAAAUGAUAUCCAAUAUAAUAUAAAUUAUUUCCUUCCAACUUUAUUGGUAAAAAAAGUUUUAUAUUUUCUUCUUCCAAAAUCUUCUCUCGUUAAAACUUUUUUCUUUUAAAGUUUAUUUUCUCUUCAUUUUUCCCUUCUUUUUGUCAAAACUUUUCUUCCCCCCAUUUUCUCCAUAGGCUAUUUUUUACGUCAUAUGGUUUUGAAGGAAGAGGGGAUAAAUGGGAGAAGCAUUUUUGUUUGGUAAAGAUUAGUUAGCUUUUCAUUUUUAUAUUUUUUUCUUUUUUUUCCUUUUAUCUGUCCAAAACUUAAGAAAUUCCUUUGAGAAUUUUGGCCCAAUUUAAACGCCAAAUUUUUUUUUGAAUUUUUUUUGUUGUUGAACGCUUUUAAGCCAAUUUUUAAAGAACUUUUCUCUUUAAAAUUUUUUUUAUUUUAAAAUAACAUUAAUAUUUUUAUCCCCAUAUUUUGAUUGUUCAUAUACACAUGUCCUCUGGCCAAAUGUCGGGACUUUAUAAAUUUUAAUUUUUUCUUAUAAAUUUUUUAGUUUAUUCUUAAACGGGUUUAAAAUUAAAAAUUAAUUUUCUCCUUCCUUCCUUUCAUCUUUUAAAUGUCCUCUACCACCAUCCCUCCUCCCCCUCCAAUAGAACAAAUAAAUCCAUUUAAUAAUUCACAACAACAAGACCCCCACCCCCACCACCAACAACUUUCCCCCUUACUUUCUUCUUCCUCAUUUUCCUCUUCAUCUUCCCCAAAUUCUUCAACAGAACAGCAACAAACAGAGGAUCCAAUAAUGACUAAUUCAACUAUAUCUUCUGUUAUUUCCCCCUCUUCUACCACUUCUGCCUCGGCUUCUUCCUCUGCUGGAGGGUCUAAAUGUUCAGUAACCACAAAUCCUGCUAGGAGAGCACCGGAUAUGCAAAUGGGAAAAUGUCCAUGGGUGCGUGUUUAUGACAAUGUAACAUACAUUGUCGCGGCGAUAGCUCUUCGUGAAGGCAAAGAAGGCAGAGAAGUUUUACUUAUGCGCGAAGCAAAAGAAAAAUGCCGUGGAAAGUGGUAUAUACCUGCUGGACAUGUUGAACCUGGGGAGACUAUUGAAGAUGCAGUAAAGAGAGAAUUGCGUGAAGAGACGGGCUUAGAAUGUGAAGUACAAAGCUUGCUGUGUUGUGAAGUUAGAGGAUCGGGGUGGUAUAGACUUGCAUUUGCUGUUAACCCGACAACUGAUAAUUUAAAGAAGGAACCGGAUCAGGAAUCGUUGGGUGCAGGUUGGCAUCCACUUGCUCUAAUUAGACGAAAGCCCUGUCCUCUACAAUUACGUUGUCGGGAUUUUUUUGAAAUACUUCACCAGGCCGAGCGUUUUUACAAUUGGAGAGUGUCCUCCCUUCCAAAAACAAUUUCUUCUUGGUCCCCAAUUUUGUGUAAAGACGAGGCGCAACCUGGGCUUUUUGCUGAAUUUGUUAUUGUGAGGGAUGUUAGACAACCAAAGGAAAUGGCUGCCAACUGUCCACAAUUGACUAAACUUCCUCAACAUUCUCCUCGUUCCCUUGAGUGUUUAGUUCACAAAUGCAUUAAGGACCAACGACAAUUACUGGAUGAAUUGAGUUUGCCGGAUGCUUUUCCUGCGGUUGAAUUUGGCUUUGAAUUCUUCCUACCCUCAGUACUCUCCAAAGUCUAUCGACACGUUUUGACCGAUGGACAUUCUGUUUUAGAAUUGCCUGAGGCGGUAACGGCCAUUUGGUGUUUACCCUCUCCACAGUCUUCCGUCCGGCAUGGAAUUCGUCUUCGUUUAAUUUGUAGGCACAGAAAGUCUGCAAUGAGGGCACAAAUAAAUGCUCCCCAACGUUAUCAUUGGCUGGAGUUGAAUAGUGUUGAUGUGCUAGCCUCUUUGUAUUUACUGGAUGACCAGUUUAGACCGAGACUUUUCCUACUUUAA